AUGGCUGAUAGUGAUUCGGUUGGUGCAAGACCCGCGGCGGUACCAAGUGACUUGGACUUUUAUAAAGCAAAGGCUGAUGCUACCUUAAGGCAGGUAGAAGCUUUAAAAAGCUACCUGGAGUCAGAUGAGGCGGUCAGCUUCGACGUGACUGAUCUUCAAGUGCGAUUUGAUUUUGUCGAUCAAAUGCAAGUGGACUUUGAUAAAAGUCAAACCGCGGUCGAAAGGUUAGACUUGCAGGAGUUGUACAGUGACGCUCGGUCAAAGUUCGCAAACAUCUUCCUCGCGGCAAAAUCGCAAAUUUCGCGUGAGCUUGGCAAGCAGCGUAGAUUUUCAGUCGUGAAUUCUACGGCCCUUCCACAUGUCGGUGGUGAUUCGAGACCCGCUGCGCGUGCCACAAGACUCCCAGAGUUCAAGUUGCCAUGGUUCAGCGGUGCCUAUAUCGAUUGGCCUGAUUUCUACGCAAUGUACAACACCAUUGUGGGCAAUAAUGAUGAUCUGAGCAACGUGGAAAAGUUCCAGCAUCUUCGUUCAUGCUUGGAUGGCACAGCGUUGGACACAAUUCGUUCACUGGAGCCCACGGAAGCUAACUAUGAAAAAGCUAUUGAAUUAUUAGUUUCGAGAUUCGAUAACAAACUUUUGCAUUUUCAGGCACAUAUACGGUCAAUCUGCGGGAUUUCAGGUGUGGAGCAAGGAUCGGCAACAAGCUUACGACGCUUAAGCGACCAGAUGAAUUCGCAUCUGCGUGCGCUGAAUACCAUGACAACGACACAGGAGAUCAUGGACGGUCUUCUAAUCUAUAUGGUAGCUUCGAAGUUGGAUCGCCACACUCGGGAGAAAUGGGAAGAGGGUCUGCCGGCAAACAAGCUGCUGAAGUGGAAAGAUAUGGCUGCAUUCCUGGAAAAGAGGUGCCGCAUGUUGGAGAAUAUUGGAAAACGCUAUGGUAAUCCAGACACCUAG